AUGUCUGGGAAGCGCUCUCGCGCUCUCACAGAUGGGCUUGAUCCCAACGGCUCAGGCAGUAACAGUCGCAACAAGCGACCCCGUCAAUCUGAAUCCGAGGGCAGCGAUCAAUCUUCGGACGACGAGCGUUCCAAUGCAGCCAGCGGCAGCGAUUCCUCCGAUGACGAAGGCGAACACAUGCGCGAACGAGAAAUACGGGCGACACAGCAGGUGCAGAAAGAGCACCGGGCAACUGCAGACAGGGAAAACGUCGCGACGGAUUCUGGGAUUAUCGAAGAAAUCCAGUGCAUCAACUUCAUGUGUCAUGAACAUUUGACAGUAACCCUGGGGCCUCUGAUCAACUUCAUCAUCGGACACAACGGCAGCGGAAAGAGCGCCGUGCUCACCGCUCUCACAAUCUGCCUGGGCGGAAAGGCUACCGCUACAAAUCGUGCCCAGAAUCUCAAAAGUCUCAUCAAGGAGGGCAAAGACCAUGCCUCCGUGACUGUCAAGAUCAAGAACCAAGGGCCACUCGCUUACAAGCCCGCGCAGUACGGCGAUUCGAUCAUCGUGGAACGACACUUCAACAGAGCCGGAACUUCAGGCUUCAAGCUCAAGAACGUGAACAACAAACUCGUCACCAACAAGAAAGCGGAGCUCGAAGACAUCCUGGACGCCUUCUCCAUGCAGAUUGACAAUCCGAUGAACGUCCUGACACAGGACAUGGCAAGACAGUUUCUGAACCACUCCACGCCAAAAGACAAGUACAAGUUCUUCCUCCAGGGCACGCAGUUGGAGAACUUGAACAGAGACUAUCAGCAGAUCGAACAAUCUUUGGAAGUAAUGAACACGAAAGCCGAGGUUAAAGAAACCGACCUCACGACUCUACGGCGCGAAAUGGAAGCACUGGAGAAGAAAGCCAGAAAAGCGGCAAGUUUACAGACGAUGCGAGACAAGGAAACGGAAUUUGCUCGACAAGCAGCAUGGGCCACGGUUCGUGAACACGAAGAUGAUGUUGCGCACAACGAGAACGGACUCGCAGACACCGAGAGAAUCAUACAAACCCUACAACAACGUGUAGAAGAUGCAGGAAAGGCCUACGAGCUGGCGGACCAGGCCCACGAAGCCGCCAAACAAAACGUCACCGACCUCACGACUGAGAUGGAGCCAGCAGAGCAAAAGGCACUUGAUGCCAAAGCAAAGUUCCAGGAAGUCAAGGGAAAACUCGUGCUGCUACUAGCUGAUGAAAGGAUUGCACAAGGUGAAGUGACGGAAAGGCAAAAGAAUGUGCAGAAGUUGGAAGCAGAGAUUGCACAGUACCGACAACGGCAGGCUGAAGCAGACAACGGCCGCCACGCAGAAAAGAUUCGAGAGCGUGAUGACGCCAAGGUUAAGUGCGAGACUGCCAGGUUAGCAUUCGAGGGCCAUGAUACUGGACUUGCAGCGCUACAAGACCAACUGGCGACUGCUCAAAAGGAGCAGGACGAAGCAGAUCGAAAAGUAGACGAUGCUCAAAAAGAAGUUGCACGUAUACGGGCAUCCAUCGAAAGAAUGCAAUCAGGUCGGAGUAAUUGGGACGAUGGGUAUCAAAAUCGCCAAAGGCUGAGCGAGCUACUCCGUGCGAUCGAGUCCGAGCACAGAUUCCGGGAGAAACCAGUUGGGCCCAUGGGCCGUCAUGUGAAGCUGCGCUUGCAGGAUUGGGGCGGAAUUCUUGAAAAGCAAUUCGGUCAAACGCUGAACGCCUUUGUCGUCACUAGCAAGCCAGACCAGAAUAUACUAUCAGCCCUUAUGAAAAGGGUUGGCUGGUCUGCCCCGAUAUACAUUGGCAAGAGGACGCCUAUAAACACCGAUGGCAAUGAGCCCGCAGAAAAUCUUACCACAUGGAUGAAGGCACUUAGGUUUGACGACGAUCUUGUUCGAAAUCAGCUCAUCAUCAACCAGUCAAUCGAGCAAACCGUGCUCAUUGAGAACAUGGACGAAGGCGCUCAGUUUAUGUUCAACCGCGGGCCGCCUACUACGAACGUCAAGAUGUGUUUUACCUUUGCGGAUGGCGACACAACCAAAGGUCGUGUCUUUGUCUACAACAGUGGCGGAGGUAUCAACAACAGUCCGAUCGCACCGUAUACCGGAGCUCUGCGUAUGCAGGUGGACAAAGAUACUCGAAUCCAGUGCGUAUGGCGCUUCAAUAUCAGAUCAUUCGCUAAUAGCAUACACAGACUAGAAGAGAAGAAUCUGGCCCAGGCCAGGGGACAACUUGAGGCCUUGCAGCAGCAGUCCAGUGAGCGGCAUGAUGAGGUCAACAAAUGCAAGGCUCAGUUACAGGACCACGAACGCCAGAAGAAACAUCUGAAACUUGCUUCCCAAACUGCUUCCAGGGAAUUGGAAAGACUUGAAAUCGAACUGGAGAAAGCAACUCCCGACGAAGCAGCUAUCCAAGUGCGGGAGUCAGAGCUUGCGGAAGCUCAACAAGAGUUGAAGAACUCCAUGAAUUUCUACGAAGAUGUGGUGACGCGAAAGAUCGAACUCAACGACGAGAAUAGGGCGAACAAGCAGGAGAUGGAAGCUGCACAGAAGCUUGUUGCUGAUCUCCGGUCCCGGCUCGACAAGGCGCACGUGACAGUUCGAACUCUUCAGGGCACACGACAAGAAGAGCUCCAGGAAAAGAACAAAGCCAUCGAGCAGGUUGCCGAAGCUGAAAAUGUAAAGAAAAACUGGCAAGAAGAGCUCUUGGAGUCGCAACAAAGCCUCGCCGAAGUAACUGAGGGUGCGACGAGCAUAUGUGAGCGUGUGUUCGUCCCCCCCAAUUCAACUUCCGAAGACCUACAACGGAGGAUGGUUCAAAUGGCGAAAACCAGGGAAGAGGCUGAACGGGAGCUCGGUGGAUCACAGCUGGACCUUACGCGGGCGGCAACUGAAGCGAAGCAGAAGCACCACGAUGCAAUGAAGGAGUUUGAAGACAUAAGAAGUUUACGUAACCAACUCAUCACUACGCUUGACAACCGGCGCAACCGGUGGAAGCAAUUCAGAUCUGGCAUCUCUGUUCGGGCGCGAGUCACGUUCAACUAUCUGUUGAGUGAGCGCAAGUUCAGAGGUACACUUAGCAUCGACCACAAGAAGGCUCUUCUUGACAUCCAUGUUCAACCGGAUAUCAUGGAGCGAAGCGGAGACGGCAGACAGACAAAGACCCUCUCGGGAGGUGAGAAGUCGUACUCUACCGUGUGUCUUCUCCUCUCCCUGUGGGAUGCAAUGGGCUCACCUAUCCGCUGCCUCGACGAAUUCGACGUCUUCAUGGACAGCGUCAACCGCGAAAGGAGUAUGCAUAUGAUCAUCCAGGCUGCUCGACGCUCGAUUGGGCGACAGUUCAUCUUCAUCACUCCACAGUCGAUGAGUAAUGUCACGCAAACGUCCGAUGUCAAGAUCAUCAAGAUGACAGACCCAGAGCGCGGACAGACAGCAUUGAAUGUGCAGCGGAGUUGA